AUGGAUAUUCUACAACGGAUUCUUCAAAAGAUUAGAUACAUAGAACAGAGGGUUCUAACUACCAGAAUCAGCAUUAUCCUAGAAUAUCAUAGAGAAUUAAGUGUGGCUGUCCAAGAGACUUUAUCACAGAGAAAUAGAACUUUCUGCACCCAAGUAAAACGUCAAGCAAAAUAUCUCCUGAAUCUCAAAGGGGGAAUUGCGGAAAAUCCAUACAGUACUUCAAGAACUGAGAGGACCAAUCUUAGUAAGUAUCGCAAUAAUCAAAAUCCGGAAUCAUCAGAAAGCAUUCGGGGGAAUCCGUACUAUAAUCCUCAAGAAAUACCAAGGAGUCAUCAAUUCGGUGUGCGAUGCAAUACGUAA